GUUUUUACAACUACAUGUUUGAAUUGAAGGCUGUAGGCACAUCUUAUCAAAUUCAGACCGGGAAGCCUCUUUAUAUCAUUCUCAUCAUCUAUUAUGUAGUUCAUAUAGCCGAAGUUCUGUACCGUCAUAAUGUUUGCCCGUCUACACCCAGAUGCGAUUCCGGCCCCCCUAAAGCCCAAUCCUCACGCUUCCUCGAAAUAUUUCAAACGUCGUCUAUCCCUAGACGACGAUGAAGAUGAUGUGCGCCCACCCUCCCCCAAGAAACAUAGAAAGACGUAUUAUUCCAUUGCCCCGCUUUUCGACAAAUUCAGGAGGCCAAAAGCGGACGAAGAAGACCAGGUUCCAAGCCACGUCUAUAGCCGACGACAACGUCUUAGCCCAUCUCCCGACCCCGACCCUCCGCUAGUCUUAGAGCUUGGUGGUAAGCCUACUAUUCCUACAUUAUAUCCCCCAUUGACUCCCAUCCCAGAGCGCUACGCCACCCUCCGCGCAACGGUUCACAGCGCCGUCGUAGCCGGCCUCGAAGAAGCCGAAGCAGAACUAGUUGCACAAAGCGAGGCCAAUAUCCGCGCCAACCGGCAAAAAAUGGCCGUCCUUGAGGCCCAACUCAAUAAACUUAUCUCACCCCUCCAGGACUUAACAAUUGACUAUACAGCCACCGGCGAAGAUGGCCGCGAGCGCACAGCCGCAGUAGCAAUCCGCGACGCUAUAUCCACCUUUGAGGCCAAACUCGAAGCCGCCGCUGCCGAGCUCAACGGCCUCUGGGCAUCCUAGGCGGAAGUUCAGGCUGAGAUCGAGGACCUCGGCGAAGAGAUGCUGUCGCGGAAGGGAUCGGACGGCGCUGCAGAUGAGAUACGU